AUGAGGUACGAUGAAACCAAAGACCCACAGGAACACGUCAUGAUUUUCGAGGCCAGAAUGAAUCUAGAAUAUGUGGGAGACGCUGUCAGAUGUCAUGCAUUCCCCAUGAUCCUGGCGGGACUGACAAUCCACUGGUUCAACUCCCUCCCACAAGGGUCAAUAGCUACUUUCACGGAUGUCUCUAAAAAGUUUCUUAACCAGUUUACCACCAAAAUUGCCAAAGCAAGGCACCCAAUCAAACUUUUGGAUGUGACACAACGGGUUGGCAAACCCAUGAGAAAGUACUUGGAUCAGUUCAAUGACAAGUGCUUGGAGAUUGUCGACCUCGUAGACUUCCUAGCCAGUUUAUGCCUCACUAACGGCCUGGUGAACGAAGACUUCAGGAAGUACCUAACCAUCAAAUCUAUAUGGACGAUGCAGGAAAUACAAUGUAUAGCAAGAAAGUAUAUAAACGAUGAGGAGUUCAACCAGGUAGUAGCCGCCAACAAAUGA